UGUUAGGUUUAUUUUAAUAUAUGCAGGGAAUCAUUCUCGGAUCCAAAGAAAGAUUAAUUCUCAGGCCCAAGAAAGGAUUCAAAGAAAGAUUCAAUGAAGAAAAGGCAUCUUACAUUUUUAUAGCAAAAGCCUGUUUGGGUUUCCCCUCCCCAGUCCUGGCUGUGGACCAGUCACCCGAAACUACCCCUGGCUGAUUUAUGGCUGUUUCAGGGUCUGUGUGCCAUGUGAGUAGUGUCGAGUGCAUAAAAGUGAACACUUUGAAGAUGCCUAUGAAAGUAUCCCUACGGCGUCCAAAAUGGAUUUGAAAACUGCCUUAGAAGAAUGCACAAUGGCACUUAACCUCUUUUUGAACAACAAGUUUUCUGAAGCUCUGGAUAUGCUGAGACCUUGGGCGAAGGCUAGCAUGUACCAUGCCCUGGGAUACAGCACAAUCUUGGUGAUGCAGGCGGCCAUGACCUUCGAACACCAAGACAUCCAGAUGGGCAUCAGCGUAAUGAAAGAUGCACUACAGACCUGCCAAAGGUUUAGAAAAAAGAACACAGUUGUGGAAUCUAUAUCCAAUUUAGUUUCCAAACAAGCAGCUGACCAAUUCAAAGAAGAGGAAAUGCAUGCAGAUCUCUGCUAUGCAGAGUGCUUGCUACAGAAAGCGGCCCUAACAUUUCUGCAGGAUGAAAACAUGAUCAACUUUAUCAAAGGUGGGCUCAAAAUCAGAACAAGUUACCAAAUAUACAAGGAAUGUCAGCAUCUUUUAAACAUGACUCAGGAUCUUUCUGGCAAGAAUGAAACCUACUGCCAGUUUGAAGGGGGCGUGAAUUUAGGAAUUGGAGCAUUCAAUCUGAUGCUGUCCCUCCUACCUGCAAGAGUUCUAAGGCUUCUGGAAUUUAUUGGGUUUUCAGGCAAUAGGGAGUUUGGGCUCUCCCAGUUACGAGAAGGGGCUUCUAGCCACAGCCUGAGAGCUAUACUGUCUGUUCUGACCCUGCUGCUUUACCACACUUACGUUGCUUUAAUCCUUGGUUGUGGUGAAGGAAACCUUGUAGAAGCCGAAGCCCUGUUGGAACCCUACCUCAAGAAAUUCCCUAACGGGUCUAUUAUUUUAUUUUAUACAGCCAGGAUAGCGGUACUUAAAGGAAACUUUGAGAAGGCUGAAGUGAAGUUUCAGGACUGCAUUGCAUCCCAGCAGGAGUGGAAACAGAUCCAUCACCUCUGUUACUGGGAGCUGAUGUGGUGCCACACCUUCCAGCAGAAUUGGCUAGAGGCUUACCGCUACGCAGACCUGCUCUGUAAGGAAAGCAAGUGGUCAAAGGCAAUAUAUGUCUUUCAGAAAGCUGCCAUUCUAAGCAUGCUUCCAGGUGAAGGUGUCACACAGACUGGGGAGAAUGUAACUGAGCUGUUUAAACAAGUUGAAGGGUUAAAACAGAAAAUUGCUGGUAAAUCCAUUCCUACAGAAAAGUUUGCUGUGCGAAAGUCCCGACGUUAUUCUGCUCCAAAACCUGUGAAACUGGUGGUACCUGCUCUGUGUGAUGCAUGCUGGGAGAGUGGAGUGAGUGAGGUGGAGUGGAUUGAAAGUAGGUGUUUCGUUUUUCUUUCUUUUUUAUAUGUGUUUGUUAAUGUGAAUAGUUCUUUUGUUUUGUUUGUUAAAUAAAUUAAA